AUGGAUACCAAUGUGUCAAACGAACUAGCGUCUCAAUCACGUUCAAUCAUCGAUCCAUCAUUAAUGGAAGCAAAUCGAGAAAGACCACGCAAAAAAAAUCAUGGAAAUAAGAAACUUCAACGUUUUCGUCGUAGACGACGUGCUCGUGGUAUGAGUGAAGCGACUAUAACUAACACGAUUGAAGCACGAAAACGUGAGAAAGAAAAACAAAAGUCAAAACAAUCGAAGAACAUUACUAAUCUAUCAAUAGUUCCUGAAACGAAUCCCAUGAUUACAACUGUAUCGGAAAUCAAACAACACAAAACAAACAAUAAUGAAAUGAAACGUAUUGCAUCAAAAAAUAAACGUAAAAGAGACAUAUCAUCUUUCCAACUUAAUGGACAUUUAGUGCCGUCGAUUAGUCAUGGCAAUCUUCGGCCACCAGUAACCAAAAAAAUUAAAAGAAACGUAUUCAAUCAAUGUAUUCCAUCGAAUAGUAUCAGUGUGAAUAAGCAAUAUCCAAUACCAAUCUAUUUAACUCAUUCACCACAUUUCAUCUUUCAAACAUUACGUCAACAAUUUAAUCGUUUAUUAAAUAAAAAAGAUGAACAAAUUUUUGUUCAUGUACGUCUACAAUUAUUAGAUCGCAAAUAUCGUCUUGAAGUCGAUCAACGUUUAUGGCAAUCAUAUUUAGAUCUUGGUCUAAAAGAAAAAUUAUGGCCUCGUUCAUUAUAUGAAAUAGCCAAAACAGAUCAAUCUAACCUAUGUGAAAAUUAUAUUAUGACACAAUUAGCAAUGAUUGAUGAUCAAUUAGAUCAAUGUAAUAUCGAAUUGGAUAAACAAGCACAAUCAUCAAUACCAAUUCUGUUACCAUCAUUGGAGAAUAUGGAUAAAGAUUUAACAUGUUAUGUUUUAUUACAUCAAAAUUAUUUAAUCAAACGCAUAGAUCAACAAGUAAUGAGAUAUAAGGAUGAAAUACGCGAUCGGCAACUCUAUCAAGAUUUAUUCACUUACAAUCUUACAGAUACUCAACGACAUGUAUUGGAAGACAUUAUUCAUCUACGACUAACACAAUUACAAAUCUACAAAGAAUUUACAAUGUUAGAACAACGUAUUCUUCGUCAGUUUUUACCAUUAAACUUUGAUCAAUUUGAAAAUAUUACUGCACCUGACUUUUAUUCGCCACCGAUUUAUGAUCGUACGUUAGUUGAUAUGCAAAACAAGCGGCGUACUAUUUUAAAACAAGGAAAACGUACUCUACUAAAUAUUUUUUACGCUGCCUAUGAAUAUAAAGUCGAUGAACAAGAAGAACAAUAUCAACAAAGUUUAAAUCAAUUCGAAUUGCAAUCCUGUACAAGAGAUCAAAUUAAUGGAAUGUCUCUCAUCGAUUAUUUCAAAGCUU